AUGUUUCGACUCCUCCGCCUACGGCGUCUUCUGCCCUUCAGCGCGCGAGUUAGAAAUACAAGCGCUCCGCAAGCCGAUGUUAUCCGCGUACAGAGAGUCAGAUUUCGGAAGAAAAGGUUUAAGAUUUCAGAUGUACUCGUCAUAGCCGGCCUCAGCUAUGCUUUUUACGAGAUCGUCACCCGAGCUCUGAUCGUCUUGGUAAAAGAAGUGGAUAUAGAACUCACGGAAGAGGAGCUCCAAGAACUUGAAGAUGAAGAGGCAGAGCCUCUUUUCAUCCCAUUUCCAGGCUUCACACAGACAGUCGAACCAGUGCCGUUCCGGAGUUCCGAUCCCGAGUGGCGAGAAUAUAUAAAAGUUAGCAGGAAUCAAGCGCUUUUAUCAUCAAUUCGAACCAACCUUGCUGAGAUGGCGCGUCGUGCUGUUGCGAACGAUCGUCAACUGACGAGCAGAUGCGGAAAGGACGCCACUGUUUCUCGAUUUUGGUUGGACGUGCAAUACCCAUUAAAACCACCACCAACUUUCGUCCGACAGGGAUUGGCCUUUGGCGGAGGGGAUGGUAUUACGUGGACCACACAGCCAGUUGAUUCAACUGCCGUCUUUUGGACAAGGCAAGCACUCUGGCCUUCGGCGCUAACUUCGUCUUUAUGGAGCUUCACCAAUGCACUGGUGCUGCAAAAUGCCACUACUAUCGCGAGGUUUUUCGGGUACGAAUCCCAACAGGAUUCACUAUCCAAUAUGCAACAAACAAUGGAAAAAUUACUACAGCUUAACAAGCAGGCCAGAAAGCCUAGUUCGGACUCACCACCCUUCCCCUCUCAGGACCGCACAAGCGAGGGUUCAGCUACUAGUCCUUUGCCUUCGAUGGACAAGAGAGCCGCAGGCUCUACAACAACGCCUGAGACUCUAGGUACAGGGACUAGCGUGGACAGCAGUGUGCCGACCGUAUCAAGUGCAAAAGUGUACAUGACUCGAACAGCUCAGGAACACACCAGUGGUCCCUGGGAUAAGUUCAAGAAGAACUUGGCACAGAAAUGGCGUCGGCCACCUGCCUAUCCCCCCAGGGGUUCGAUAUGCGUGUCUGGACUCGUUGAAGUAGUAACCCAGCGUACCGUCCUAACCGUCGAUUGCAUCGCAUGGUGGGAUCCCCAGACAAAAAACUAUGACCCGCGAACGGUGUACCUAGGACUAAGGGCGAUCCGUCCAAAAGUACAGGCGCCGCUUAGGUAG